AUGAUUGCACCGGUAAGCCUGGUGCGUUCCAGUCUGGAUUUUGUUAGAGUGUCAACGGAGGACAAAGUGAAAAGCCUAUGUGCCAGUGGGUCCUCGAGUGCCAACGCAUCAAAUUCUGCUCGAAGGACAUAUCAGCGCGUCGUAAAGCCACAGCCGCCGUUAUCUACCAGUCGGAGUAAGGGACGAAAUAAUGGGUCGGCUGGAAAUACAGUACGAAAUAACAUGAUUGAGCUCGGAGAUGUACAGACACUGCCUGAGGAUGUAACGAAAAGUAUGACGAGCACUGCAAGAGGUUCAGCGCUUUCAUCCAGAAAUGUUACGAAGAAUGCUAGAAAUAAUUCGUCGGAUUUGGAUCUUCCGUCCAGCAAGGCAGUGAAAAGUGCUGCGACUAAUCCAGUGGGUUCGUCAACGGGAAGAUCAGUGAUAAACUGCAAGAAUCAGUCGGUGCGUCCAAUAAUUCGUGUUGGGGCGGUAACGAGCAGUAUCGUGAACAAACCAGCAGGCUCGACAGUUUCAUCCAGAAGAGUAACAGAAAGCACCACACCCAGUCCUGUGGCUCUGUCAGCUUCAACAGAAAGUUCAGUGAACUCCAAGAAUAAGCCAGUGCAACCGAUAAUUCGUGUCGGGGCGAUGGAGAACAGUGUCAUAAACAAAUCAGCAGCUCCAUCCGGAAGGGUAGCAGGAAGUACCACAGCUAAUCCGAUGGGCUCAUCAGUUUCAGCACAAAGAUCGGUAAGCUCCACGAAUAGGCCGGUGAUUCGCGUCGCUUCCGUGAAUAAUCCAGUAGGAUCGUCAGCUUCUUCGAAGGGAGUUGUGGAGAAGAGCACCACCGAAAAUCGGCGCAGUUCGUCGGUUUCAUGCAAGCGAGUGGUGGAGAGCGGCACGACUAAUCCAGUGGGUUCGGCAGUUUCAUCAGGCAGGUCAGUGAAGAACUCCACGAGUAAGCCGGCGAGCUCGAUAACUUGUGUCGGGACAGCAGCAAAAAAUGCGACGAACAGCCCAGUAGGUUCGGCAGCUGCAUCCAAGAGAGCUACAGCUAAGCCUGCCAAUUCAGUGGUCUCAGCCGGAAGAGUAACGGAAAAUGUUAGGACCAGUCAAGUGGAUUCGGCAGCUUCAUUCGAGAGAGUAAGGGAAGAGAGUGUAGACAGUCCAGCGCGUUUGGCGCUUUCUGCGGGAAGUUCGGCAGUUCCAGCUGGAAGAGUAACAAGAAGCAUUGCCAACAAUCCAGCGGACGCGACGGUUUUGUCGGGAAGAGUAAUGGAAAACGCAGCAAAAAGUGCAGCAAAUGUGUCGGCCUCCUCCCAACGAACAACCAGGCGCACCUCAAAUGAGCCGGCGCAUUUGCCCGCUUCGUCUGAGAGGGGCAGAAAUCGAAGUGUUCUUCAGGACGCCAGUUCGCAGGAAGCGGACGCUGCAGGUGCAGCAGGUCGUCCACACACAGGCAGCACGCAGGAUUGCAAUGGCACUGUUGCAGUGCUUAAGCGAAAAACUUGUGAAAAUGAAGUUAGUAAGGCCAAGAAGCCACGAAAUGGCGGCGGCAGAAUCGACAUAAUUGUUCUCAGUGAUGAUGAGGAUAACGGCGGUAGUGUGGGAACGGAUGUCGGGAACAAAGAUAUGACUGCGGUUGUCAACAACGACGAUCUAAUUACUUCUAUUGAAGAUGCGGGCAUACCUGCUCAUGAACUCAUUAUGGCUGCCGAAAAAGAGAUACUUCUGGUAUGUUUCUGUAAAUAUAAUCUCUCAGGUCUAUUUGAAAUGGCUGCAUGGUAUAUGGAAGUUACGAUUUAUCGUCUGUCUGAGGCAUUCCAAAAUGUCUGUGUAUGCGCAUGCUUGUAUUUGUGUAUUUUUAUGGUGUGCGUGCGUAUGUGUUCGAUUUGUCUGGGGGCUUUAAACUCAAGAACCAGAAAAAGCUAG